AUGGUAAAUGAUUUCCUUCCUCUUGGAAACUUAGAUAAAGUUGUAAAAGAAAUUGUUGAUCAGCCACUUCCACUUGUUGAUGGGAUUGAAGAUCAACUUGUGGAGUUUUCGAUAGCCAUGAGAAUUGGCAAGGUUUUAAGAGGAUCAGUAGAAGCUAAAGCUGCUGCUCAAGCUGAGGCUAUAGAAUGGAAACACAAAUAUGAAUUGGAAAGAGAAAAUAAUCUGCAAUUGGAACAAAAAUAUGAACAAAAGUUGACAAAAUUUUCAAUUUUGAUCUAA